CUUUCCUUUUUUUCCUCGUCUCUUGUUGCAGAGCCCGUUGUUUCUCUCUCUUCUCCCCUUCUUCAGAUUCGUCAAUCGGACGAUCCAUUUGCCUCCGCCAUGACUCUCAUGACUCCUGCGCCAUUGGAUCAGCAAGAGGAUGAGGAGAUGCUCGUUCCCCAUUCGGAUUUAGUCGAAGGUCCUCAGCCCAUGGAAGUGGUGGCGCAAGCAGAUGCUAGUAGUGCUGUGGAGAAUCAGCCCGUGGAGGAUCCUCAGACAUCUAGAUUCACAUGGACAAUUGAGAACUUUUCUAGGUUGAACACCAAGAAGCACUAUUCCGAGAUAUUCGUCGUUGGUGGUUUUAAAUGGCGGGUGCUUAUUUUUCCAAAAGGAAACAACGUAGACCACUUGUCGAUGUAUUUAGAUGUUGCAGAUUCUGCGACCUUACCAUAUGGGUGGAGUCGUUAUGCACAAUUCAGCUUGUCUGUUGUUAAUCAGAUUCAUAACAAAUACUCAAUAAGAAAGGACACACAGCACCAAUUCAAUGCGAGAGAGAGUGAUUGGGGCUUCACAUCAUUCAUGCCCCUCAGCGAUCUUUAUGACCCUGGUAGAGGGUACCUUGUGAAUGAUACAUGUAUAAUUGAAGCUGAGGUUGCUGUUCGUAAGAUUCUAGAUUACUGGACUUAUGAUUCAAAAAAGGAGACUGGUUUUGUUGGACUGAAGAACCAAGGGGCUACUUGUUACAUGAAUUCUCUCUUACAAACUCUCUACCAUAUUCCUUAUUUCAGAAAGGCGGUGUACCAUAUGCCAACUACAGAGAAUGAUAUGCCUUCAGGAAGCAUUCCAUUGGCUCUGCAGAGUUUAUUUUAUAAGCUCCAGUAUAAUGACAACAGUGUUGCAACUAAGGAAUUGACGAAGUCCUUUGGAUGGGACACAUAUGAUUCUUUUAUGCAGCAUGAUGUGCAAGAACUUAACAGAGUUUUAUGUGAAAAGCUUGAGGAUAAGAUGAAGGGAACUGUAGUGGAGGGGACAAUACAGCAGUUGUUUGAAGGGCACCAUAUGAACUACAUUGAGUGCAUCAAUGUGGACUACAAAUCUACAAGAAAGGAAUCAUUUUAUGACCUACAACUUGAUGUAAAAGGAUGCCGGGAUGUUUAUGCUUCUUUUGACAAGUAUGUAGAAGUUGAACGUCUUGAAGGUGAUAACAGAUACCAAGCUGAGAAUCAUGGUUUACAGGAUGCUAAGAAGGGUGUCUUAUUUAUUGACUUCCCACCAGUUCUUCAACUUCAGCUAAAGCGGUUUGAGUAUGACUUCAUGCGGGACACUAUGGUGAAGAUAAAUGACCGUUAUGAAUUCCCUCUUCAACUUGACCUUGAUAGAGAGAAUGGAAAAUAUUUGUCACCUGACGCAGAUAGGAGUGUUCGCAACCUUUACACACUUCACAGUGUUUUGGUUCAUAGCGGUGGUGUGCAUGGUGGACAUUAUUAUGCUUUUAUCAGGCCGACCCUUUCUGAUCAGUGGUUCAAAUUUGAUGAUGAGCGGGUAACCAAAGAAGAUACUAGGAGGGCAUUGGAGGAACAGUAUGGUGGCGAGGAAGAGGCAUGUCUUUACCAGUGUUUCUUUACUCCGUCAACUUUAUUCUUGGGUAAUUGUGUACUGAUCUGGUUACCUUCUCCUGCUUGUAUGAAACAGUUGCCACAGACAAACCCUGGAUUCAACAACACUCCAUUUAAAUUCACGAAAUACUCAAAUGCAUACAUGCUUGUGUAUAUACGUGAAAGUGACAAGGAGAAAAUCAUUUGUAAUGUGGAUGAGAAGGACAUUGCUGAACACCUUAGGAUAAGGUUGAAGAAAGAACAAGAAGAGAAGGAGGAUAAGAGAAAAUAUAAAGCACAAGCCCACCUUUUUACUAUUAUAAAGGUUGCACGGGAUGAAGACCUUGCAGAGCAAAUUGGAAAGGAUAUAUAUUUUGAUCUUGUGGAUCAUGACAAAGUCCGCAGUUUUCGCAUUCAGAAACAGUGGCCUUUUACCCUUUUCAAGGAGGAAGUGGCCAAAGAGUUUGGUAUUCCAGUCCAAUAUCAACGAUUUUGGAUUUGGGCGAAGCGGCAAAACCAUACUUAUCGUCCCAAUAGACCAUUGACACCCCAAGAGGAAGCACAGUCUGUUGGGCAGUUGAGGGAGGUAUCAACUAAAGUGAACAAUGCAGACCUAAAGUUGUUUUUGGAAGUUGAACUUGGGCCGGAUCUGCGUCCUAUUCCUCCACCUGAAAAAACUAAAGAAGAUAUUCUGCUUUUCUUCAAGCUUUAUGACCCUGAGAAAGAAGAGCUCCGAUAUGUUGGUAGACUUUUUGUGAAGAGUUCUGGUAAACCAAUAGAGAUUCUAACAAAACUAAAUGAAAUGGCUGGAUUUGCUCCUGAUGAAGAGAUUGAACUCUAUGAGGAAAUAAAAUUUGAGCCUUGUGUCAUGUGUGAACACCUCGCUAAGAGGACAUCAUUUCGAUUUAGCCAGAUUGAAGAUGGGGACAUCAUUUGCUUCCAGAAAUCUGCUCCUCCUGAAAGUGAAGAACAAUGCCGGUAUUCUGAUGUCACUUCAUUUUUGGAAUAUGUGCAAAAUCGUCAGGUUGUGCAUUUUCGAGCUUUGGAGAGACCUAAGGAGGAUGAUUUCUGUCUAGAGUUGUCAAAGCUACACAAUUAUGAUGAUGUUGUGGAAAGAGUGGCUCGUAGACUUGGUUUGGAUGAUCCAUCCAAAAUCAGACUUACAUCUCACAACUGCUAUUCCCAGCAACCUAAGCCCCAACCAAUUAAAUAUCGAGGUGUAGAGCAUUUGUCAGACAUGCUUGUGCAUUACAAUCAGAGUUCUGAUAUUUUAUAUUAUGAAGUUCUAGACAUCCCUCUUCCAGAAUUGCAAGGUCUGAAAAAUCUGAAAGUUGCUUUUCAUCAUGCUACAAAGGAUGAUGUGAUAAUUCACAAUAUUAGAUUGCCUAAACAGAGUACUGUUGGAGAUGUGAUUAAUGAACUUAAGACAAAGGUUGAGUUGUCUCAUCCAAAUGCAGAACUUAGACUGCUUGAAGUUUUCUAUCACAAGAUUUAUAAGAUCUUUCCACCCAGUGAAAAAAUCGAGAAUAUAAAUGACCAAUACUGGACACUCCGUGCAGAGGAGAUUCCAGAAGAAGAGAAGAAUCUUGGUCCCCAUGAUCGCUUGAUUCAUGUUUACCACUUCACAAAGGAGACUGUACAGAAUCAGAUGCAAGUACAAAAUUUUGGUGAACCCUUUUUCUUGAUCAUCCAUGAAGGCGAAACUCUUGCUGAAGUUAAAGAGCGCAUACAAAAGAAAUUGCAGGUUCCGGAUGAGGAGUUUUCAAAGUGGAAGUUUGCUUUUCUAUCACUGGGUCGUCCAGAGUACCUGCAGGAUUCUGACAUUGUGUCCAGCCGUUUUCAGAGAAGAGAUGUUUAUGGUGCUUGGGAACAGUACCUUGGGCUGGAGCACUCUGAUACUGCUCCUAAAAGGGCAUAUGCAGCAAAUCAGUGUUCGAAGACUGACGGCACCCAAUCUCUAGGGUCAGAGACGUUUCUUCACCUACCAUCUAAUAGAUUAUUAAAGAGAGAAUAACAGCAAUUUCUACACGGAUUGGUUUAAAACCUUACUUGCACUCAGAUGCCUGAAUUCUCGACUUGGCUCAGGAGUCUGGUAGCCAACACUCUGGGGUGCGAAAGUAAUAACCUUGUUAGAUUGAUUUUUGAGAUGGGAUUGGCACCAUAUAUCUUUUGUCAUACAAUUCUUGAUAAAAUCUGCGGUUUAUAUUUGCAUCCAUCAAUAAAAUGUCUUUACACAUCCAUUUUGA